ACUGAGGACUCCAUCUGUUAUCUUAGACCUUUGUUACCAAGUGACACAGAGGAGAUACUUGAAGGCAGUUUGAAAGACUUUUGUCGUAUAGAUUCUUAGUCCAAAGAUUUCCAAUUAGGGAGAAGCAGCAGCAGAAAAGGAGAAAAACCAAGGACGAGUGAUGAAGAGACCUUCAUCUACUGACACUUAACCUGGCGAGAACCGUCGAUGGUGAAGUUGCCUUUUCAGCUGGGAUCUGUCCAUUCAGCUUCUGUAAUAAAUGCAGUCACAGGGGCAGUCCCUUCCCAUUGCUCACAAAGGUCUUGUGUUUAAAACCUCGCCCUCACAGAGGCUGUUUCUCAUCAUGCCAAGCCAACAGAAGAAAAUCAUUUUUUGCAUGGCUGGAGUGUUAAGCUUUGCAUGUGCCCUCGGAGUUGUAACAGCCUUGGGGACACCGCUGUGGAUCAAAACCACUGUCCUCUGCAAAACGGGAGCGCUGCUCGUCAAUGCCUCAGGACAGGAGCUGGACAAGUUUAUGGGUGAAAUGCAGUACGGGCUUUUCCACGGAGAGGGCGUGAGGCAGUGUGGGUUAGGAGCAAGGCCCUUUCGGUUUUCAUUCUUUCCAGAUUUGCUCAAAGUGAUCCCAGUGAGCAUCCACGUCAAUGUCAUUCUCUUCUCUGCCAUCUUUAUUGUGUUAACCAUGGUGGGGGCAGCCUUCUUCAUGUACAACGCUUUUGGAAAACCCUUUGAAACUCUGCAUGGUCCCCUAGGGUUGUAUCUUUUGAGCUUCAUUUCAGGCUCCUGCGGCUGUCUUGUCAUGAUACUGUUUGCCUCUGAAGUGAAAAUCCACCAUCUUUCAGAAAAAAUUGCAAAUUAUAAAGAAGGGACUUAUGUCUACAAAACGCAAAGUGAAAAAUAUGCCAUCUCAUUCUGGGUCAUUUUCAUUUGCUUUUCUGUUCAUUUUCUGAAUGGGCUCCUAAUACGACUUGCUGGAUUUCAAUUCCCUUUUGCAAAAUCUAAAGACUCAGAAACAACGAAUGUAGCUGCAGAUCUAAUGUACUGAAAGGCAAACCUUUCUAUAAUUUUACAAGUAAGGGAGUAGACUUGGUCACUUUUAGACAUAGUUAAUUUUGUACAGAUUAUGUACAAUGUAGUCUGCAUACAUUAAAGCAUCAGGACCCUCUCUUACAAUGUUUACAAAUUAUAUACUAAGGAUACAGGCUGGAAAGUAAGGGAAGCAGAAGGAAGGAUUUGAAAAGUUGUUUCACCUGGUGGGAAAUUGCUUGACCCAGAUAGUCAAAGGCAGUUGACUAGAAUCGACAGAUUGUUACUCCAUAUAUAUAUAUAAGUGCAAGACGCCUUUCCAUCAAAAAGGAAUCAAAAGGCACAUAGAAUGUAUUUUAAUAAAAGCAAAUACUAUUUCUGAUAGAUCCACACAUUUGUUGCCACAGAUUUCAGAAAACUGAGCUGGAAUCGCUUUCCUAAAAUGGCAGUGUAUUAAAUGAACUCUAUAAAAUAUAUCAAUACUUUUUUUAAAAAGUUUGUUUGAAGCAUAGCCUUAGGCCAGGUGUGGUGACUCACACCUGUAAUCCCAGCACUUUGGGAGACCAAGGUGGGAAGACCAUUUGAGUUCAGGAGUUUGAGACCAGCCUGGGCAAUAUAGUGAGACCUUGUCACUAAAAACAUUUAAAAAUAAAAUAAAUAUAAAAUACAGGUUUUAAAAAAGCAUAGUCUUAUUAACCAUGUCUGUUGGUCAAAAUUUACAAACUGAAAGAAAAAAAGCAGAAAGCUAAGGAUAUUUUUCCUCCUGUGUCUGAGUCCCAGUUACAUUCAUGACAGUACUUUCAAUGAACAUAAUUGUUGGGACCACUGAGGAAUCAUGAAAAAUGAUCUCUACUAGUACAUUUGAUGGAAACGACUCAUUGGGGGCUGUUUCAUUUUCUAGUUAUAGUGUCUCGAGUACUAAUAUGCAAUUGUGAAAAUCAUAUUAAAUCUGGGAUUACAGCAGUAUCACUGUAUCAUCUUGAUCUUGGUCUGGCUGUCACAAAGCAUGACCAAGUCAAUUUUUUUUCUCUGAAUUACCCAUCAAAUUGAUCUGCAGCUGACUAAAGGCCACAGCUGAGCCUGAAACUGACCGUUCCUUCAUACUCAACCUGCCAUCCUCCAGAAAGCACCAAGGAAAAAGCAGAGAAUGACAGCAAACAGACCACCAGGCCUCUGGCCACAGGUGCUGUGUACUAAGCAACCCGCAUAUAAUGAGUUUGAAAGUGCUCCUUAAAUCACCUUUUCCCAUUUGGAACUAUUUACAAGGAAGAAACAACUGUAUACCUGAGAAAUAACUUGCUCUGGGGUCAAUUUGCUGUUCAUCAGCAGACAUCAGAACACACCCUGAGUUUCCAGAUGCUGGUUUUUCCCCUUAACUCAGGAAAUACACCUGUAGAAUUUCUAGAAGACUACAAUUCAGUCUAGCCACAAGGGGGAUUUUUUUGGGUAACAGGCUAGAGCCCAGAUCUGUAAGUCUUCAGCCGAAAUGGUCUAGUACAGAAGCACUGGAAAUGGAAAGUGGGAUGAGAGGACAAGGACCACGUCCCUCGUGGGCAGCUGGCUGGAGGUGCCCAAGGCCAGGUAUCCCCCUGCGCACUCAUGUGAUCCCUCUCUGUCUUCUUGGAGUUUUGAAAAACUCCUUCAAAUGCCAGGCUUUUCUCUUUAGAAAACAAGUCUCCAAUUGUUCUCUGUUAUGUACAAAGAGAAAGAAAACCUGGAGCGGCUGCUGCAAAAACUAAUGAGGACCUGAGAGGCAAACCCAUCAUGUUCCCUGGAUGGGAAGGAGAAGCAGGGCUGUGACAGACACUCAAAAGGUCACUGCAAAGCACACCACACACAAAAUAAAGCAGGAAACAACCUGGGCACCAGCAGUGCACCAGAGUAUCCCUCUCUUAUUGCAGAUGAAACGCGUAGUCCCCAGGGCCUUUGGGGAGUCCUUGGAAGAGGUUUCUGGCUAGGACACUUGAUGGUGGUUCCUGCUUGGUGGGAAUCAAAGGCCCUGGGAAUGACAUUCAUUUUGCUGGGACCAGCCCUCCCUCUCCAGGUGGCAGCCAGGCUUCUCACAAGGUCACAGGGCCCCCUGCUGGCCCUGGGGAGGUGAACCUGUUUCAUUGUCUCAAAUACCCUCAUAUCUGAGAACAUCAGUGCUGAUGAUCUGCUAGAAAGAAUGGCAAGAAGAAUGCAUGAACUCCACCCUGGGUCCAUCCAGGUGGACCCAGCCAUGGCAAGGCAUGUUAACCAGAAUAGGAACAAGCCUCAGAAUAAAGCAAAAACAGGUGCAGAUGGUGCAUUAGAAUGAAGAGGAGGGGCACUCCUUCUAUCUGGGUGCCUUACAGUUUCCAAAGGUCUUUUGCUCUUGUGGUCCCAUCUGGUCCUUCAGGGAAGCUGCUUCAUGUCACACUACAGGUAUUCAGGGCCCCUCAAUGUGGCCAGAGUCUCAUAUAUUUAUACAAUCAAGGCAAGGGAAAGUGGUAUUCUUCUCCUCUCCCUCUGCCCCUUUACUGGGUAAAAGGCUAGGAAAGGGAAACCACCACUCCUUCUUAACCCUGGUGGAGACAGAGGGUGCACACUGGCAGCGGUAGGGUACACCAGCUCCAAGGUGAGCAUGGCUUGCUGCUAGAAUGGAUAUUUGUCCCAACCAUUUACCUAGACAAAUCUGAAUGGGAACCAAGGGGUAGACUCCAGAGGGUGGAAAGAGGGACAGGGGUCGAGGAGGAUUAACCUCCCUCUCAGUUUUUCUCACCCUCUCCCCUCCCAAUAAGAUCUAGUGUAGUUAAAACAGUACAGCUGUUAUAAUAGAAAUGCUGCUUCGAGACCAGUCCCAAGCCCGGCCCUGCUGCUCUAACUGCCUUGCUGCCCCUGGUCGCUUCUACUCAGAUAUCCUGGGGCCUGUGCUACUUCAGUGCCUGAUGUCUGCUCAAGUGAUAAUGCCCAUUCUGAAGCCCCUUCAGUGUGGAAGUUCGUCCCGGCUCAGGGCUGAUGGCUGAUGGGCCACCUCCAUCGGUGACAAGCAAUGCUGUGUCAGUUUAAAGAAAAGAGCAGAUAGAAAGACGGCAGGAUUGGGGUCUCUGCUUCUGGGCCAAAAUCCCCCAUCGGAAAAAGCCCUCCUGCUCCUGUAAAUACUGAUGUAAGCCAAAUUAAAUAAUGCAUUUUUUUAGCCAUGCAUGAGCAAUAAAUUAUAUUUUGAUUUACAGACUUACUGAUAAAUUCCCACUUAGGCAAGCAGACACACUCAUGGGUGUCAUAGCCCAGAGCUGGGAUUUAGGCUAUUUGGAAAGUCCAAAGACCCACAUCAGAAAUCUCUAGAGCCUCCCCUGCCAGUCCUAAUGGGCAGUAUCAGGCAAUGGUUGCAGAGACCCCAGGGUGGAGGUGAGGUGGGGGACAGCUACAGUGUGGUCAAAAGGCACGUGUCUUAAGAGAUUGUUUUUUUGCUUGAAUCUUGGUCUGAGGGAUUCUGAUCCACUCUGAAAGUAGUGGACGGAAUGAGUUACAAGUAGGUGUGCCCCUCACUUAGCAAAAGUCCACUCUUCCCUCUGUCGGCCACAAACCCAAUUGUGGAGAAUUGAGACUUGGGAGUUCCUGCCAGCCCUGUUCUCUCUCCUCUGAUAUGGUUUGUAAGAGGGUGCUUGGAGGAGGCAGCUUGGGCCCCUCAGGUAAUUCAAGGCAAUGCCCUACCAGAAACAUGCAAUUACAGGGCAUACCAUCUGCCAGCCUGUUUUUGCAUUCUCCUCAGGUUCCAAUUUAUCAGGAACUUUGCCUGUGCAAAACAGUGUAGCACAGCUGAUCCAGAGGUGUGGAUUCCAGCAUGCCAUGGCUGACUGAUCUGCACUUAAAUUUGCCAUCUUUCUAUUUAGCCAAGUGUAGUGAAUAGUGUGCCUUAAUAUAGGGAAGGCCGGAGGCCCAGGAGAAUCAGCUCCAUAGACUUUCAUUUGCUGCCAUAUAGCUGCUGCCCUUGCCCUGCUCCUCUGCAGUCACCCUUUCCCCCACGGACAUUCUGUGUGCUCUUCACCAGUUUCCCCUUUGGCCUGUAGUUAAACAGCUAAAACUACAUUUCCCAGCCUCCUUUGCUGUUGGCACCAGGUAAGUGUGGAUAUACCAAUGAGAUGUUGUUAAAGUAACCUGUGCCACUUUCAGGCCUGGCCCUGAAAAACAUCCCAUGCAAACCUCCAGCUCUCUCUUCUUCUGGUGCUGCCCGCAGACUUGGAAUCUGUGAAAUCCAGAUGGAAGGCUACACAACAGGGGUGGGCUUCCUGCCCUGCACUAGAGUACAAGAGUGGUAAAUAAACUUUCUCUGUAAAGCUGCUGACUUUUGGUGAUUGUUGCCGAAGCUUAGCCUAAUUUAGCCUAGCCUAGCCAACAAGACCCCAUUCUCCGAGAAAGCUCUUCUGCUGCCUGCCAGGGAGACGCUCUCCUAUGGCUCCCAAGGCGUAGUCUCUGCCAGGUGCACUGUCAUCAUCUUGCACCGUCUCCACUUGCUCCUCUUGUGCCUCUGUCCUUUGUGGCCCCCUGGUCACAUUACCCAUCACCCACUAAAAUGAAGACCAGAGAGUGAACUGUCUACAUCAGAAUGUAAAGAGUGAAUAAACACUUUUGCUUAUGCU